AUGGAGGAUUUGUUGAGCUAUAGGGUUAGGGUUAAAGAACCUUUAUCCACACGCAUUCUCGGAUACAGACUUCUCGGUAUGCCUCCUCCUUCAUCCGGUGGUGCUGCGAUGAUGUUGGUAUUGAGGAUUCUUUCUCUUUAUGGGAUUCCAUCCGGAGUUUCAGGGCCUCUCGGGGCUCAUCGGCUAGCCGAGGCCUUGAAACACGCUUUUGCGGUGAGGAUGAACCUAGGGGAUCCGGAUUUCGUCGAUGUUACUAAGGUUGUUUCGGAUAUGUUGUCUCCAAAGUUUGCAAAAGGCUUGAAGAAAAAGAUAAACGACGAGAAAACCUUUGAUCCAAAACAUUACGGCGGCAAGUGGAAUCAGAUUGAAGAUCAUGGGACAAGCCAUAUGUCGAUCAUAGAUAGCGAGAGGAAUGCUGUUUCGAUGACUAGUACAAUAAACGGUUACUUUGGGGCAUUGUUCUAUCUCCACGCACCGGAAUUGUUCUGA